AUGUCUUUCUUCACCAGAGUUUUGACGAUGAAAUGCAAGCAGACACUUGAAUGUGAGAGGACUUACUUUUACCAGGCGCUUUUUGGCAGCGGCAGCAGGUUUGCCGGGCAGCCCCGGCUGUGCAGCAGCCAGUCGCUGGCGGUGCGGAGCAGCCCGCGGGCAGCGGCGGCGAACAAAGGCGAGGGGAGCGGAGCGGAGCUGCUGGAGCCCCCCCCGCGCCGCCUGGGCAGGGUGAAGAGCCUGCACGAAAUGCCCGGACCCAACACCCUCUACAACCUCUACGAGUUCUUCUGGAAGGACGGCUUCGGCCGCAUUCAUGAAAUCCAGCAAAAACACACUCAGGAAUAUGGAAAGAUCUUCAAGUCUCACUUUGGUCCCCAGUUUGUUGUAUCCAUUGCAGAUCGAGACAUGGUUGCUCAAGUCCUCCGAGCAGAAGGCAGAGCACCACAAAGAGCCAACAUGGAAUCGUGGCAGGAGUACAGAGAUUUACGGGGGAGAGCCACGGGGCUCAUUUCUGCGGAGGGGGAGCAGUGGCUAAAAAUGAGAAGUGUACUGAGGCAAAAAAUUCUGAAACCCAAAGAUGUGGCUGUUUACUCUGAAGGAGUCAAUGAAGUUAUCACAGAUUUAAUUAAAAGAAUCCACACCCUCAGAAGUCAAGAGGAGGAUGGGGAAACAGUGACCAAUGUUAACAACCUUUUCUUCAAGUAUUCAAUGGAAGGUGUGGCGACUAUUCUAUACGAAUGCCGGUUGGGCUGCCUGGAGAACAACGUCCCCCAGCAGACUGUUGAAUAUAUUGAGGCUCUGGAAUUGAUGUUUAGCAUGUUUAAGACCACUAUGUAUGCAGGUGCUAUUCCAAAAUGGCUUCGUCCACUUAUUCCAAAACCCUGGAGAGAGUUCUGCAGAUCCUGGGAUGGACUCUUCAAAUUUAGUCAAAUCCAUGUUGACAACAAAUUGAAGGCUAUUCAGUCUCAGCUGGACCAAGGAGAAGUAGUGAAUGGUGGGCUACUUACACACCUCCUAGUGAGUAAGGAACUUACUUUGGAAGAGAUCUAUGCCAACAUGACUGAAAUGCUUCUGGCAGGAGUGGACACAACUUCUUUUACUCUGUCCUGGGCAAUAUACUUGUUGGCAAAGAACCCAGAGGUGCAGCAACGUGUUUAUAAGGAAAUAGCCAAUAAGCUGGGGAAAGAUCAAGUUCCAGUUGCUCACGAUGUCCCAAAAUUGCCUUUGAUUAGAGCUGUCCUGAAAGAAACCUUGAGGUUAUACCCAGUAUUGCCAGGAAAUGGAAGAGUGACCCAAAAAGACUUGAUCAUUGGAGGAUAUUUGAUACCUAAGGGGACCCAGCUGGCACUUUGUCACUAUGCUACUUCAUACAGUGAAGAAAAUUUCUCAGUGGCAAAUGAGUUCCGACCGGAGCGUUGGCUGAGGAAAGAUAAUUUGGACAGAGUAGACAACUUUGGCUCCAUCCCCUUUGGUUAUGGCAUUCGAAGUUGUAUAGGAAAAAGAAUUGCAGAGCUGGAAAUCCAUCUUGCACUGAUCCAGUUACUUCAGAAUUUUGAAAUCAAAAUUUCUCCCAAAACUGAACCAGUUCGUGCCAAAACUCAUGGACUUUUGACUCCUGGAAACUCCAUCAAUGUCAGAUUUUCUGACAGGAAGUGAAGCUCAAAUGUUUUGGAAGUAGAAGUACUUUCAGUGUUCAUGGAAACAGGUUUGCAUUUUGUGCAAGUUUAGACCAUGCUUGUUCUCUGGUUUGUAGGUAUUUAAAAAUAUCAUGAAGUAUUAUGUUCUGCCUUAGUUCUAGCAGUACAUAAGAGCAAUUACCUCUCCUGUAACAGUUAAUUACACAUAUGGAAAUAUAUACCAAAAAAAAUCCUUCUUGCACUGGGAAUCUGCUUUUAUCUGGGAGAAUUCCUAGUAAUAACAACACAAGCAUUGAAAAAAGCCAACCAAAAGGCAAUUCAGACAUGUCAAUGUCAUUCAGUGGUUUUGUUACGCUGCUACUUGGUGAGUGUAUUUGAGAGCAAGGGGAUUAUUAUAUAAUAUGUGGAAAUUAGCUGCAUGUAUAAGUUUGUAUUUUCCUGUUUGUUGUCCUCCAGUGUUUUUUAAAAGUUUCCAUGUAACAAUGAAAUAGAGAUAAUUUUUUAUAUGUAAAAACAUUUACUCUGCAUGUAUU